ACUCGCUCACUCUUCCACUACAGCAUCACACAGACUCACACGAGCUUGCAUCUAUCAUCUGUCUGGUUUUUUUUCCCCCUUCAGCCCUGCACCAGCCAAGAAGCAGGAGCUGCAGCAGCAGCAUUUAUCUGUAGCGUAUGCACCACUCAAAUCAACCAAACCAGCUUUGGGACUGAAAGAGAGAUAGAGUGAGAGAAGGAAUCCUUGACCCACACCUACGAACCUUUAAAAAUAUCCGUAUGUGACUGUCUUAUUGCGAACACACACACGCACACACACACACACACACACAAGACCAUUCUCUCAUAGCCUCACCUCUGCCCAAAAGGAUUAUCUCAUGGUUGUUUGUCUGUAUUUCUGACCAUACCGCCGGGAGGGUAUAAGGAAGAAGGAUAAUUUUGACCAGAAUCUGGAUUUAGCACUGAGGGAUCCAAUAUGAUCGCCUUUUGGAGGUGUCAUGGAGCCGCUGUGAUGUCUCUUUGGGUAUUUUGUUGGCUUUUGCUGGGGCUUUGGAGGCUCACCGUCGCUUGUCCUUCUUCUUGUACAUGCAGCAGCAGCAGGAUCUCAUGUAUCGAGCAGGAUCAAGGGAUCGUGGCUUUCCCAGUAUUAAGUUCUGCUAUAGAAAUGGAAAAUAUUACUGAAAUAUACAUUGCAAAUCAAAGCCAGUUACGCGCCAUCAAUGACAUUGACGUGGAGACAUACUUGGGCCUGAGGAAUUUAACCGUGACAAAUUCUGGACUGUCUUACGUGUCACGUCGGUCAUUUCAGAAGACUCCCAAUCUCCAAUAUGUCAACCUAAAAAACAAUAAAUUAUCAACUUUAUCUUGGAAGACCUUCAGGAAUUUAAACUUGGCAUAUCUGGUACUUACAGGAAAUCCAUUCCAGUGCUCUUGUGAUAUUCAGUGGAUCAAACUGUGGCAGGAGAAUGAAAUGGCCAGUCUGGAAACUCAGAACUUGAUGUGCAAGGAUGACAGCAAUAGGAAGUUCUUACUACACGAAAUGCACAUUCCGGAUUGUGUGAUGCCUACAUCUAGUAUAAGCCCUUCUAGUGUUACCUUAAUGGAAGGAAGUGACAUCACACUUGAGUGCAGAACCUCUGGAAUUCCUUCUCCAGACGUAAGCUGGUAUCUAGGCAACUUGGUCACAAGUUAUCAGCAGCAGUACAACCUAAAGCAACACUAUACAACACUCAAGAUGAUAAAUGUUUCUUCCAAUGAUACUGGAAAAACAGUAUUGUGUAUUGCAGAAAAUAUUGUGGGAGAAAAUGAAUCUUCAGUUAUUCUGGUUGUGCAUUUUCCACCAAAAAUAACAUUUUUAGACCAGGCAGUCCUGGACCACCACUGGUGCAUUCCAUUCAGUGUAAGAGGUAACCCAAAGCCAAAGCUAAUUUGGUUCUAUGAAGGGGCUGUUUUAAAUGAGACCGACUUCAUCUGGACUAGUAUUCACAUCGCCUUUGACAGCGAACACCAUGGCUGCCUGCAACUAGAUAGCCCCACUCAUCUCAACAAUGGCCAAUACACUCUGUUGGCAAAGAACGAUUAUGGGACGGAUGAACGCACUGUUUCUGCUCAUUUUAUGCAAGACCCAUGUAUUGAUUGCACAGAACCUCCUUAUUAUGACUAUACCUCGGAUCCUGCACCCACCAAUGUUCCAGACGUGGAACCAGACAGCAUUGCUGUGUAUGUAGUGGUGGGCAUUGCUGCUGUGGCGUUCACAGGAUUUGUGCUGAUGUUGAUCAUACUGAAAUUCGGAAGGAACUCCAAAUUUGGAAUUAAAGGAACCUCUUCAGUGAUCAGCAAUGAUGAUGACUCAGCCAGCCCUCUGCAUCAUGUGUCCAAUGGCAGUAACACCCCCUCUUCAUCGGAAAUGGGUUCUGAUGCUGUCAUCAUUGGAAUGACGAAGAUUCCAGUCAUUGAAAACCCCCAGUAUUUCAGGAGCACUAACAGCAUGCUCAAGUCUGACACUUUUGUCCACCACAUCAAGCGUCACAACAUCGUCCUGAAGAGGGAGCUGGGAGAAGGGGCCUUUGGGAAGGUGUUCCUGGCAGAGUGCUACAACCUCUGUCCUGAUCAAGACAAAAUCCUGGUGGCUGUCAAGGCCCUGAAGGAGGCCAGUGAAAAUGCACGUAAGGACUUUCACCGGGAAGCUGAGUUACUGACCAACCUGCAGCAUGAGCACAUUGUGAAGUUCUAUGGUGUUUGUGUGGAGGGGGAUCCUCUCAUCAUGGUCUUUGAGUACAUGAUGCAUGGAGAUCUUAAUAAGUUCCUCAGGGCUCAUGGUCCCGAUGCUGUGUUAAUGGCAGACGGUCAGAAUAAUCGUCCUGCUGAGCUGACCCCAUCUCAGAUGCUGCACAUCGCGCAGCAGAUUGCAGCGGGCAUGAUGUACCUGGCAUCUCAACACUUUGUGCACCGUGACCUCGCAACCAGGAACUGCCUCGUCGGUGAAAACUUGCUGGUGAAGAUUGGGGACUUUGGGAUGUCAAGGGAUGUGUACAGCACUGACUACUACCGGGUAAGUGUUGGGGGUCACACCAUGUUGCCGAUUCGCUGGAUGCCUCCAGAGAGCAUCAUGUACAGGAAGUUCACUACAGAGAGUGACGUCUGGAGCCUGGGUGUAGUAUUAUGGGAAAUCUUCACCUAUGGCAAGCAACCAUGGUACCAGCUUUCAAACAAUGAGGUGAUUGAAUGCAUCACUCAGGGUCGUGUCCUGCAGCGUCCUCGCAACAGCCCAAAAGAAGUGUAUGACCUAAUGUUGGGCUGCUGGCAGCGUGAACCCCACAUGCGGCUGAAUAUUAAGGAAAUACACAGCCUCCUUCAGAAUCUGGCUAAGGCUUCACCUGUAUACCUGGACAUACUAGGCUAAACUCUCAAGACAGCCCCCUCCCUGACCUGUGUGGAGUAUGUGUGGAUGUAUGUGUGUGAGAAAGUGUGGCUAAAACUCAGUUCUUAUCUCCGAUGGCAUUAAUGAAGAAGACGAGGAGAAUCUUUUUCAAAGGGCAACCUUCAUAAAUUCUCCAUGUGCAGACGUAUUAUUGACCAGUGUUAUCUUUCUAUUUCUCUUAUCGACCCAUGCUUCUGCUUCAUCAUAACUCUGCAUAGACAAAAAGCCUUAUAUCUGAUUGUGUGCUUGUUUUUCUUUUCUCUGAAGACCCUCCUAAUCGUCCUCAGCAAUGAAAAUUGCCUUCUCGCAUUCUUGCCUUCGACUGGGAUGAAAAAAGGGAAAACUGACUAUCAGAAUGUGUUGUAAAUAUUCCCCACUUACAUGGAUUCAUCUUAACCUUGGCUUUUGUUUUUGAUUCAUGACAUGACUUUUUGUGGUAUACUGUACAAAGUUAAAAGGAAAGAUUGUCCUACUGGCAGUCUCUGAAAGAGUAAUACACCCAAGAAAUCUGCUACAACAACUAGUUUGGUCAUUUUUUUGUUUAGUUUGUGAAAUUCAUUACAUAAUCCCUUUGCUUUAAAAAGGAGUUUGAAUUCUUGGCAAAACCAUUUGAAAACUGUUUACCAAAAACACAUAUAUGAAAAGUAGAAUUGAUGUACAGUUAGAUUUACCGGAAGCUGAAACACCAUUUGACUGCAAUUAUGACCACAGUCUCCAGACAAUUAUAAGAAACUUGGACUAAUGCAUAGUAUUCAUUUCAGGGUCAGCCACUGCAGACGCUGGACUUCUAUAAUGUUGCACUUGUGAAUGCCCUGACAAAUUAUCUAAAUAUGUGCUUGUUGUGAUGCAUCUUUUUUGUGUUAAUGCCCCUUAUUUUGUGGAGCAAAACUGAAUUUUGCAUGUUCUUCAUAGUUAAAUACCUUUUGUUCAAAUUAUUGCUUGAAUCUCAUACUUCCUUACAGAAAAACAAAUCUAGCUGUCCAUAAUGGUAUAACAUAUAUGUAAUUAAGAAAGCUAAUGGGGGUCAUUAGUUGUGGACAAAUGACUUUACAUUGUUAAAAUAUGAUUUGGGAAGAGAGAAAUUCUGAAAAACGGAGAUCCCAAGCGAAGCAAUGACAUAACUGAGACCCUGGGGAUGUAGAGAUCGGUUUCAUAAUUAACAUUUCAUCUCUUAUCCUAUAAAAGCCAGAUCUUAACACCACACUUUAGUUGCUAUGGUUUUCUCAUCCCAGAAUCCUUCUGUCAGUAAUUUGUUUCUGACAGACAGUGCAUGAAUACACUGCUGCACGAGAUGCAUGGUUGUGUUGCUGAAGUUUAGCUCAUCACCACAUAAAUCUCUUGCGUACAGACACUUAGGAAUUGCAGCUCAAACAGUAAGAUCUAUUUGGGAUAGUUAUUUUCUAUAAGAAAACAUACUCCUUUUGUGAGAGAACACCAUAAAUGUGUUUGCAGUCAAACUGGUCCAGUAUAUUUUGCAUUUGUAAUAUAUUACAUA